AUCUUCUCUACCCUUUAAUGGUUCUUGUACCCUACCACUUACCAUGCCAAAAUCCCUAAACAUAUUUCAAAAAUCCCCCCAUAACCCUAAACACAAGAACAAACCAAAAUAUUUUCAUAGAACCCAAAUGCAAACUUGCAACCUUUUGGCGAUCACAAGGUGUUUCAAUGGAUGUCGUGAUCAUACACAAGUUGCAGGCAUCGGUACAAGGAUUUGGAACCUUAGUGAUAGGUCCAUAGAGUUGCAAAUAAGAGUGGGGUCGAUAUUAAAGAAAGUUCAUACACUUAAACCUGGUUCGUCAAAGCGGUUGAAAAGCAAGAAGAUUUACAAGUCUUAUGUCCCCGGUGGUGGUGGUGGUGGCGACGACAAAGUUGGUGCUAGUGCUGGUGGAGCGAGGAGCUUCUUAUAUUACUACGACGAAACAUGUCAUCCUUAUAUUUGGGUGCAUGACACCGCGGGUGAUUUCUCUAGAAUGGUAAGACAACAAUAUAUUAGUCUUGAAGAUCUAAGAGAUUGUUCCGAGAUCAAAAUCUUUAGGGAUCAUCUAAAAGGCUCGAUAUCCAUUCGAAAGAAACCUAGACUCGAUUCUUGUUGAUUUUGCUUCGUUUGCAUGUUUUUUUAUAAGUCAAUUGUGGAGAUUCUUGUUGUCCCUUCAACCUUUAGUUUUCAUCAUUUUGCAUCAAAAGUGGGAUUUCAUGCAUUAGCCAUUGUAUCAUACUAUUAAAAAUCAAAAUGCACCUACAUGGGACUGAAAUCGCAAUUUUUAAACUAAUGGACUGAAAUAGUGAUUUUUGACAAA